CGCGCGCGCUCUGCGCCACGCUGCCGCCAGGGGGCGCCGCAGUGCGACGGCCGCCGCGGCGGAAGCGCCAUGGCGGACUACGAGGCGGUGCAGCGCGGGCCGCUGCGGCUGAAGGGCAGCAGCGCGGCCCUGGGGGCCGGCAAGCGGAAGAAGAAAAAGGCGAAGGACAAGGCCCAGAUCCUGGAGCAGAUCGUGAGCAGCAAGAAGCAGGAGGAGGAGAAGAAGCGCGGCCUGGACAAGCGGACCCCGGCACAGGUGGCCUACGAGAAGAUGCAGGAGAAGCGGCAAAUGGAGAGGAUCCUGAAGAAAGCAUCGAAAACCCAUAAGCAGAGAGUGGAGGACUUCAACAGGCACUUGGAUACUCUGACUGAGCAUUACGACAUUCCUAAAGUCAGCUGGACUAAGUGAAUGGACUGCUUUUCAAGGCUUUGGAUCAGGAGUUGUGUUUUGUUUGUAUUGAAUGGGGUUGCCAUGUAAAUCUGUGUAUUCUCCAUACUGAAUGUUUAAUAUAUCUUCUGAACGUUUAUGACUUUGUACUUAUUUCAUUGUUUUGGUUUUUUAAAACCAAGUAUUCAACAAGCUCCUCUUGGCUGAUAAGCUCUGAUUUAUAUAGGUGCAGAGGGCUUUUUUUUUUUUUUUUAGUGCUUAAAGCAGGAUUAAGGCCAAUAUCAAUCGCUGUGAGCCAGCUGGAAAAUGUUCCUUUAUUUGUUUGAUACUAACAGUUCUCGGUUUUGGAAUUGAAAAGUCCGACAGUGUCACGCUUUGUAAGCUUCUGUUUUAAGUUAUAGGAUUUGUAUAAUUUCUAUCUAGGGUUGUUUAAGAGGUUGGGUAACUUGCAACUUUGAUGUAACUUAUUAAAAUACUGCUUUUAUCCUUCUUUUGGUGCUGACUUGCCUAUAAAAUCAGGGGCAGUGCACUGCUGAAA